AUGUCAGCCUUGUUCUGUGUCAACACUUUAUUGACAAAGUUGAGGGGUAUCUUGCAGGUCGACACCGCUGUGAAAAGGAGGGAAGCAGUGAAAGCUCCUCCAGCAGAUAUUAGGCGCUACGUGAAAGCCACUGGUCUGAUGGAGACCCGCUACGUCAGGAUGCUCUCCAGCUUGUGCGCGGAGACAUACUACCUGAACAAGCUGAAUAAACGGACUCUGUACCUGCGCCACCGCCUGCACUUGGUGACAACAUCACACGAAUGCAGCCACGUGGCCAAGGAAGUCCCGCGAUCAGCCCAGCAGACUAUGGAUGAGGGAGAUGCCAUGGCAGCCUGCCCAUCCCAGGCUGAGGCUCGAUUCUUUUGGCAGGUGGCGGCUGCGGCAGGGCACUCCACGGCAGUGGCGACGAUUGCUACAGUGACCGCGGCGGUGCAGGCGACGUGGGGCAGCGAGAAGGACAAACUGGGCAACCCGACAGAGUGGUACGUGGCGGACGACCCGGUGUCGCACACGCGCUACUUUGUGGUCCAGGGCAGCGACUCCAUCGACCACUGGAAGGUCAACCUCACCUUCGACCCAGUCGUCUUCGAGGACCCUUCCCUAGGCGUCAAGGUGCAUCGAGGCGUGUACGAUGCGGCAAAGCGGCUGUACCAACGCUUCCGGCCGAUGCUGGAGGAGCACCUGGCGUCGUCGCCCUUUGCCAAGGUGGCCUUUGUGGGCCACUCCCUGGGCGGCUCCCUGGGCUCGCUGCUCAUGCUCAUGUUCCUGCACCGCGGCGUGCUGCCCCACUCCGCCGUGUCCCCCACCUACACCUUUGGCGCACCCGCCAUCUUCUGCGAAGCCUGCGGCCCCGGCGGCACCUGCGCGCUCAACACCGCCAUGGAGCCCCCGACUGCCGACAACAAGCAGAAAACCCUCCCCUCCGGUUCGAGUGAGCGCAUGGGCCUGCCCACGGGCGCCAUCCGCAACAUCAUCAUGCACCGCGACAUCGUGCCCCGCGCCUUCGCCUGCGACUACACCCUCGUCGCUGACCUGCUCGCGCGCGUCGGCGACGGCUUCCGCGAGCACGGCUGCCUGCAGAACCCCCACGGUCGCCAGGUGAUGUACUACUUCCUGGGCAAGAUGCUGGUGCUGCAGCCGGACAGGGAGCACACCUUUGUGAAGGGCGAGCCGGACCACCCCAUGCUGGCGCCCGGCCCGGGCCUGUACACGCUGCGCGAACCCUCCCUCCUCUCCUCCGCGCCCGAGCUGGGCCCGCCGGCGCCGACGCUGUUUGACGCGGUGAUGGAGCUGCUGGACUGCCCGCACCCGCUGGACACACUCAGCGAGGUGAAUGCCUACGGCCCCGACGGCGCAAUCAGCCGCUUCCACAACCCCGACAACUACACACGAGCUCUCGGCGGCGUCCUGCGCUCGCGCGCGCGCUCCUGGCGCCCCCUGCUCGGCGACGCAAAGCCCCGCGGCGGCAAGGGAAAUAAAAAGGGCAAGGGCGACGGAGGGGACGCCUCCGACUUCCAGGUCGGCCAGGGGCCUGCCCCCACCGGCGGCCUCUGGUUCCUCCCACCCAAGGGCACCACUAAGGUGUGUAUCUGA